AUGCCCUCCUCGACUAUCACAGACAAUAGCCCCAAGGUAUUUGUAUUGGGCCAUGUCAAUGGCCAGCUGGAGACGGCCUUCAAGAAGCUCACCAUCCUCCAUGCCAAGAACAACUUCUCAUGUGCCAUCGCGACAGGAAACCUGUUUGGCCCAGACGAAGAUGCCGAAAGCACGGAUGAGCAGGUUACAAAGCUGCUGGCUGGCGAGAUCACCAUUCCUGUAUCCACCUACUUCACAGUAGGCACGCGUCCGCUCCCGCCUCGCAUCGUUGCCAAGAUCGAGCAGGAGGAAGACGUUUGUGAAAACCUGCACUACCUUGGCAAGCGAAGCGUCACCAAGACAUCAGACGGUAUCCGAAUCGUGGCACUCGGUGGUCUCCUCGACAAUGGCAGUGACAUUUCUGCCGUUGCAGUCUGGCCCAAGGACAUCUGGCGAGGCUCCGGCGUGGCGCUGCCGAAUGGCUUGAGUACGGCUCAGAUCCCAGCCAGCGAUGGCCUGGCAGAUCUGGUUGUUGCCCUGCGGCCACGCUAUGUCCUGACUGCAUCCCCGCUUCCGGCCAAGGAUGGAGACGACAAGGAUUUUGCCUCGUGCUUCUUCUACGAGCGUGAGGGCUUCUUCCACCCCGAGCGGCCGGACGAGACACACUCGCUGGCCAUCGACGUCACGCGCUUCAUCUCGCUCGCAGCUGUUGGCAACACAGCCAAGGCCAAGGCCAUGUACGCCUUUGCCCUGUCGGCGGAAGCCCCGACGCUGGUGCCGGCCGGCUGUACGCCGUCGCCAUACCUGCACCGGGGGGCGGCGUCGCUCAAGCGAGCACCGUUGGAGCCGGGGCCGUUUUCGCGCUUUGGCGACGGCAACAAUGGGCGGCAUUCGCGCAAACGAGCGCGGAACGGCGACCAGCCGCGGGCGCCACCACCAGGACCAGACAAGUGCUACUUCUGUCUGUCGAACCCGAACCUGCCGACGCACAUGGUGUGCAGCAUCGGCAACGAUGCAUACCUGGCGACGGCCAAAGGGCCGCUGCCGCUGUCGACGACCUUUUCGGAGCAGGGGCUCGACUUUCCCGGCCACAUGAUCGUGGUGCCGCUGAGCCACUCGCCCAAGCUAACGGCAGAGGCGAUGCAGAGCAAGGACACGCCGGACGGACAGGCCGUAGCGACAUCGACGUUCCGGGAGAUGACGCGUUUCCGUGAGGGCCUGCAGGCGAUGGUGGCGGCGCGCACGAAGCAGCGGCUGGGCACGGUGACGUGGGAGAUCAGCCGGUUGCGCAACGUGCACCUGCACUGGCAGGUGAUGCCAGUGGCGGCGGACCUGGUGCAUCGUGGCCUCGUGGAGGCGGCGUUUCGCGUGGAGGCCGAGAACCUGAAGCUGCCUAGGCUGGAGGAGGUCACGACACCGGGCGAGAUCGAGGGCGACUACUUCCGGGUGUGGAUCUGGGCGGAGGAGCCAGACACGGCGGAGGACAAGGCCGUGGGCGACGACGAUGGGGUGGCAGGUGGUCGCAUCGUGGGCAAGACGCUGGUGAUGCGCCUCCACGAGGGCGACUGGUUCGACCUGCAGUACGGACGCAAGGUGCUGGCCAAGCUGAUGGGACUGGAGAAGCGGAUGGUGUGGCAGGACACGGUGCAGACGGACGAGGAGGAAAAGACAGACGUGGCCGCUUUUCGGAAGGCGUUUACAAAAUGGGAUUUCACGCUGCAGGAGUGA